AUGAAAGGCGCUGAGGCAGACUGGACGCCCAUACAAUGCACAGACAGGGAGUGUAGCCACUCCUUGAUGAAGGCUCCGCAUCUGCACUGUCCAUUCUGCUCCCAGGACAGUCUCUUCACUGAUGAGAUUCUCCUCAAGGCGCACUACAGGGUCAAGCACGUGGAUAAAGGCAUCAACUUUGGGGGUAUGUCCCCCAGUCACAGCAGCCAUCGGAGACAGACACAUCAUCCCCGGGGCUAUGAGCAGACUGACGGGCAGCAGCCGCAGAUCGAGUACCAGUACGCCUGCAUCAAUGAUCCGAGCCAGAGCACUGCCAAUGGGGAAGUUGUCCUUAUUGAGAUACCAGACGAAGGAAGCAAAGAGGAUUUGGAGGACGAGACUUGCUACACAGAGCACAACUUGUCGCUGCUGCUGCAGGAGAAGGAACGUCUGGAGAAGACUCUUGAGCAGGAGCGGACCACGUGGGCCCAGACAGAGCACAGGAUGAAAGGCACUAUAGAAAGGCUUCGUACAAAGGUUGAGUAUUUGUCCAACACAAACAUGUCACUCAAGCAGCAGCUGUCCAUGAUUCACACGUCCAGUUUGAAACAUCCAACCAACGACAGCGAGAACCAGUCCAUUUUGCAAGAGUUACUGCAACACAUGUCUGAGGAGCACACCCAGCUGCUGCACCACCAUCUAGCACAGCUACGACUGUACGCUCAGGCCUGCGCAUUAUCCAAAUCAGCCCCCGAGGAAUCUGCAGCUGAAUCUACAGUCUUGGUACCAGACCUGGCUGACCAAUCACAGGACAUCUCACACAUGGCCAUGAUGUCGUCCUCGGAGGGCACCCUUGGGAACAUGGAGCAGACAGUCGUCAUGACGAUAACGUCUGAGGAGGAUUCGGAGCCGCUCGGCAACAUCGUGGAUAACCCCGGAGAUACUGUGGGACAUUACUCCUUGACUUUGGAUAAGGACGUUCACUUGUCACCAAAUGACAUUCCAUACCAGCUGACAAGCGAGGGACUGUCACCAAGACAUGCCACCUCUGAGUCGGGUCACGUUUAUCAAUCAGGUAGAACUCAUUCACAUCACAACACAGGCUGUGAUGUCACGCAACAGGAUUUUCACAAGAACAAAAGUUGAAAAUUGGUUCUUUCCAACAGCAUGCCAAAAAUAUUCUGCCCCGAUGGCUUUGACAAAAGAACGUUUGAUGACAACAUGUCAAAUGAGGGACCACCAUUAAAAUGUGGGAGAACUAACAGCCUGAAAGCCACUUAACUAAAUAAAACCGGACAUAUUUUGUAAAUAGUGUACACUCAG